GUCUUUGAUCCUAUGUCACCUUCUCUAACUCCAUUUUUGAAAAUGAGAGCUCCUGGGCCUUAUAACAUUCCAAGGUCCUGGGUAUAAACCCCAACACUAUAUGGGAGAACCAUGGCACCUGGGGAAGCUCCCACAGCCUUCCGGCUCCGAGCGAGCAGCCCUCCAAGUGCCCCUGGGAUGGCGUGAAUGCUCCCCCAGCUAUGGACCCCUCUGUCACGCUGUGGCAGUUCCUACUGCAACUGCUAAGAGAACAAGGCAAUGGCCACAUCAUCUCGUGGACCUCAAGGGAUGGCGGUGAGUUCAAGCUGGUGGACGCCGAGGAGGUGGCCCGCCUGUGGGGUCUGCGUAAGAACAAGACCAACAUGAACUAUGACAAGCUCAGCCGGGCCUUGCGCUACUACUAUGACAAGAACAUCAUCCGCAAAGUGAGUGGCCAGAAGUUUGUCUACAAAUUCGUGUCCUACCCAGAGGUUGCAGGGUGCUCUACUGAGGACUAUUUGCCCCAGCCUGAGGUUUCGGUCACCUCCACCAUGGCCAAUGUGGUCCCCACAGCGAUGCACACUGCCCCCGGAGACAUGACCUCUGGGAAGCAAGGUGCACCCAAGGGGGCCGGGAUGGCAGGACCAGGAGCCUUGGCACGAAGCAGCCGGAAUGAGUAUAUGCGCUCAGGCCUCUACUCCACCUUCACAAUCCAGUCCCUGCAGCCACAGCUACAGCCAUCCCCCCAGCCCCGGCCUGCCUCGGUGCUCCCCACUGCCCCUGCCGGAGCAGCGGUACCCCUGGGAAGUGGGAGCACCAGCCCAAGCCCCCUGGAUACCUGCCUGAAGGCCGAAGAGACUGGCAUGCCCCUGCAGGUCAUCUUGACCCCACCCGAGGCCCUAAACUCGAAGUCCGAAGAGUUGGAUGUGGAGCCCGGGCUGGGCAGGCCACUGGCCCCCGAGGUCAAAGUGGAGGAGUUGGAUGCAGCAGCUGGCGGGGAGGCGGGCUUUCCGUCGGAACUCAAGGCCGAACCGGAAGUUCCGCUUCCUGAGGGCGGGGCUGGCCAGCUGCCCGCAGUCGUCAUGGAAACGGAGGCGCUCACCCCUGCCGCCAGCUCCACUGUCACCACCACCACCAUCACCACCACCACCACCACCACCACCACUACGGAGAUCGCCCAGCCCCCGAAAGGCCGGAAGCCUCGAGACCUAGAGCUUCCCCUAAGCCCGAGUUUGCUAGGUGGGCCGGGACCGGAACGGACUCCGGGAUCGGGAGCCGGCUCGGGUCUGCAGGCGCCGGGGCCAGCGCUGACGCCGUCCCUGCUCCCUGCACACACACUGACCCCGGUGCUGCUGACACCCAGCUCACUGCCCUCCAGCAUCCAUUUCUGGAGCACCCUGAGCCCCAUUGCACCCCGGAGCCCAGCCAAGCUCUCCUUUCAGUUCCCCUCCAGCGGCAGCGCCCAGGUGCACGUCCCUUCCAUCAGUGUGGAUGGCCUCUCCACCCCCGUGGUGCUCUCCCCAGGGCCCCAGAAGCCAUGACUACCAUCACCAGGCCCCCGCCCUUUUGGGGGGGGUCACUCCAUCCAUGACUUGAACUUCUCUCCACCCAGCCAGUCUCGAGAAGAAACAAGAGUUCAUCUGACAGACUCAUGCUCUGGUGGCAGGGGUGGUGGGGGUGGGUGGGUGGGGAUUCCUAGGAGGAAGGUUUUCUCAAUAACCCUUCCAACCGGAAACACAACUUCCCUCUUCUUUCUCUGCUCCCCACCCUCCCCCCCAGUGGCCAGUCGACCAGCUCCCUACCCCAGUGGUGGGGGCAAUUUAUUUAUUUAUUUUUUGAAGGCCACUGGGAGGAACCUUGGCCCAACCCUUUUAGGGAAGGUGGGGGUGAUGAAGGGGGGGAGCAGGGGUGAGGACAUCUCCCCCAUCUGCAUUUUUUAAUCCCCCAAGAGGAGACAGUUGGGGAUCUGGCUUGAGAAGGACCUUUAUUUAUGUCUCAGCCUGCCCUCGAGAGGACCCCCCCCCCAUCUCCCACUUGGGGGCAGUGGGGGUGAGUAGAAGAGAGAACUUGUUCACGUUUAUUAUUCCUGGUCAUGCCUAGCAGUCCAGGAAGGAUUUGUGCCAUUCAAUGGGUUUGGGAGGCUUGGCCGAGGAAGAUUCACCCCUCUAGGACAGGACUUUCCACCACCCCAGCCUUCCUCCUAGUCUGCACUUUUAUCAGCUACCUUUUUGGCUUGGGAGGAACGCCCUUUAUGUCUGUCACCCUCCUAAGAAGCCAUUCCCAUGUCUGUUGAAUCCCUGGGGUCCGGCCUGUUACCUCCCAAUGGAGGGUUUUAUUUUUUUCAGAAGGGGGGGAAGCGUCCCCGUCUGGGGGACCCCCUCUCUCUCCAGCCAGUACUCCAGGUCUACUGCCCCCCCAGCAACCCCGCCAUUUUGAUAGUAUAAUCUAUUUUUAAAUAGGACUUUUCAAACGGGGCUGGGGGGGGCAUCUCUUCCUAGAUCUGAAAUGGGGUGGGUGGGAAGGGAUUGGGGGGGGGAUCUUCCUGCUACCUUCAAGUGUUUAUUUUUGAUACCAAAUGUGUAUUUUCAGCUCCCUCCCUCCCAGCCCCCCAAUUUCCUGCAGGCGGGUACAAAGGACCCUUUAAGUGUCCCUGGAGUUGGGAGGGAGGAAUGGGGGGCCAUAAAGACUGUUUUAUCUGAAUUACAGACUAAAGAAGGUGAGUUCAGUGGAUUCCUCCUGGGCUCACCUAAGUCGGCAGGGCCCACCCUGGGCCUGGGGACCUGGGGGUUAAUGAUUUGAGGAGACGGCGCUACACCUGUCUCCACUAUUGGUUUUACUCCCCCUCCCCCCACAUGGACCUUUUUUCUAAGUGUCCCAGAGAAUAGGGAAUUGUUCCUGUAAAUAUAUAUUUUUAAAGGUGA